GUACAGUCUUGUGCCUCAGUUUUAAUUGAUAUCGCUUUGAGCAAACUACCUCUACUAAAAAUUUAACCUUAAAAAUGGAUUUAACAAAUAAAAAUGUAGUUUACGUAGGAGGUUGUGGUGGAAUUGGUGAAGCUAUUUGCAGGCAUCUUGUUCAAAAGAAAAUUUCCAAUUUAGCUGUUCUUGAUGUAGUUGAAAAACCUGAGCUAAUAAAAGCCAUGAAAGCAUGCAAUCCUUCGACGAAUGUUUUCUUUGUCAAGCUCGACAUUAGCAACAAAGAAAAAGUAGUCAAAUGUUUUGAUGAUCUUUUUGCCAAAUUGAAACACAUCGAUAUUUUGUUUAAUGGAAGUGGAUUAUGCAAUGAGUUUAAGCCUGAAAUUACUGUUGGUGUCAAUUUACUAGGAGUUAUGUUCUGUACAAUGGCAUUUAUGGAAAAAUCAAAAGGCAAAAAAGGUGGAAUGGUUGUGAAUAUUGCUUCGACAGGUGGCUUAGAACCUUAUCCACCAACUCCAAUUUACAGUGCAACAAAAGCUGGUCUUGUUUCAUACUCAAGGGCAUUAGCAGAUGAAUUAAAUUUCAAUCGUCAUGGCAUUUCAUUCAUUUGCAUUUGUCCUGGAAUGACUCCAACAGGACUUAUCGAUCAAUUUACUUCUGACGAUUUGACACCAAAUUCAGCUGCUAUUAAGAAGAAUUUUGUGGAAACAACAGCUCAGACUUGUGAUCAAUUGGCUGAAAAUGUUAUCGAAGCUGUCGAAGAGAAUAAAAAUGGAACCGUUUACUUGUGUCGUUAUGGUAAACGAAGUGAGGUUUCAUUUCCAGGAGCUGAACAAUUUUCUGUAUUCCAAAAGCCUGAAUAGAUUUAAUCAUAUGAAACAAGUUUAACUUGUUAAGAGUAAAUAUUGAUAGUGUAAAGUGUUAUCAUUUUGAAGUUGAAGAGUACUCAAAUGAUAAGAUAAUGUAAAAAAAUUAAAGAGAGUUUUUUUAUAUUUUUAAAGAUAAAAUAAAUCAUUAUUACAACA